UCAUUAUUUUGCCGCACUCUCUUUAUCUACGUCUGCAAUGGAGCAGCCUCUCCUUGCUUCUCCUCCUAACACCGUCCCCAACUCUCGACCCCCUCCGGCCAAGUCCUCCAACCCUAACAUUCUCGUCGGCCUCACCAUAUUCCUUGUCGUCGCGGCCUUCUCUCUGUUGGCGAACUACGAGGCCGCCAAGGGCUUUCAGAUCGUCGUCGUCAAUGCCGCCUUGCACACCCACGCAGGCCGGCGCUUCGACCUCCUGUUCGUCUCCAACGACCGCGCCACCAGACUCGUCGUCGCCUCCAGCAAUCUCGUGCAGCGCAUCCUUUACCCGGACGAUUCGUUUCCCAGGAAGCCGGUGGACCGCGUGACACUUUACAUGGCCGGCGAAGACCUCGACAGCACGGUUGCAGUCCGCGGAGGAGGCAGCGCGGGCGAGUUCGUCGUCCGGAUGAGCCCGGCCGUGAUGGAGGCAGCCGACGUCAAAGCGGCCGUGGCUGAGGCGGUGCAACGGGGCAUGGCGCGGGUCUGGCUAUGGGAUGGGCGAGGCGAGGCCCCGAGAUCGCUUCUUGACGCCAUGGCAGAGUACGUUGCCAUGUCCUCCGGCAUGGCAUCUCCUUCCAUCAGGCCCCGCAACACCAGCGUAUCACCGCUCAAUGCUUCGUGCUGGGAGGACGACGACCACGUACGCCUGGCGAGCUUCUUGAAUUACUGCGACGCGAAGCACCAUGGAUUUGUAGCGCGCUUGAACAGAGCCAUGCAGGAGGAGUGGACCGAAGACACGUUCAACGUUACAUUGGGCUCAUCAGUUCCACAAAUCUGCUCCGCCUAUCUCUCGGCAGAACAAAUAUCUAGUGUCUCGGGAGCCAUCCAUGGCACAUCAAGAACCAUGGUGGGCCUCAGAGCUUUGGGUGCUUCCAUUUGGAUACGUGGCAUCUCAGUUGUCUCUCUCGUCCUCGCCGGGGUGAACAUCGAGAAGGCAAGGGUACGAACUGUGUGGUCUGAGCUUGAAAGCUUGAAAGUUUGUGAGCAUAUUUUCCUUGGGAUUCUGAUAGCGAGUUUUCUCACCGGAGAAGAAUGAGUUGUAGAUCUAAUGCGGUCUUCUUGAUUCGAAGUGGGAAAGGGGCAUCUGCAAUUAUCAGCAUCAGACAAAAGCAUUUGGCAUGACUAACUCCAACUUGUCAGUGAUGUUUUUGCUGCUUUCGGUUCUUCCAAACUUUCUAGGAUUUAAUUAUUAAGAGGACAGCGAGGAUCGAGAUAUUUCA